GUCUAUCACAGAUCCGGUGAAACUCGAGAGUGAAAAAUGUGUACAGAGUGACUUUCCGAAAUGAACGUGAUGUUUAUUUCAAAACAUUUAGUGUUACUGAUAAUUAUUAUCAGCCAUUUUAAUAGCAAUGGACAGCAAUUAUUGCAAAGAAAUCGAUUUCGAAGACUCAAUAAACCGUCCGGUUUGAAACUAAAACAGAGACUUCAAGAAAAAUUAAAUCAGUACAAACAGCGAACUAUCCAAACAAUUUGUUAUGAUAUCGUCGGCUGCUUCGAAUUACCUCAUAAAAGGUCACCACUUCAGAAAGUACCUGAAAAUCCGGAAAUGCUAGGUACACAAUUUUAUUUAUUUAGGAGAGGGAUUAAUUUUUCACAACCGGAAAUUUUACGUUACGACGAUGACGGGAAAUCGCUUAGCAAAUCCAGCUUUAAUUACUCGCAACCGCUGAAAAUGAUCAUCCACGGCUAUAUGGGAAAAUGGAACGACAUCGGAAACCUAAUUGGUGCUAACACGUAUUUAAAAAUUUAUGACUGCAAUGUGGUUUUGAUGGAUUGGAGCAUAGGUGCAAGAGGGCCCCAAUACGCYAUGGCGGCGGCAAACACGGAACUGGUAGGCCGACAGUUGGGCAUCUUGCUGUUAAAAAUGGUCGAAAACGGACUAGAACCGGAAAAUAUCCACUUACUUGGCUUUUCGUUGGGUGCGCAUGUUGCAGGAAGUUCGUCAGAGGUUUUGAAGAAGAAAGGGCAUUUAAUUGGGCGAAUUACAGGACUUGAUGCUGCCAGUCCUCUAUUUAGGACCAAUCAUUUGAGAGAAAAACAUAAAAAGUUAGAUAGGGAUGAUGCACGACUUGUUGAUGUUAUUCACACCGACGCCAGUCCGACGGUUACUGAUGGAUUUGGGUUGUGGCAACCCAUUGGCCAUGUCGACUUCUUCCCGAAUGGAGGACAGGAGCAGCCAGGGUGUAGGGAUACGAGGCAGUCGGUGGUUGUUACACAUUUUGACAAAAUUUUAACUCGGGAAGUCGCAUGCAGCCACAUCCGCGCCUGGCGCCUUUUCCAAGAGACCCUCCUCAACAAGGCCGCCGGCAACCAAAACCGUUGCGAAUUUACCGCUUUCAGAUGUCCUGGAGGUCUAAAAUCCUUUGAAAGAGGAUUCUGUUUCCCUCAUUUACCAAAACCCAACAGUUCGCUCGCAAUUGAUUUAAAUUACCGAAACGACAUCGGCCGGUUCGGCGAAGACAUCAAAGGAGAGGGUGUUAUGUUCUUUGUAACGCGAGCAACACCACCUUAUUGUGGAACACAACUCCAGGCCUCGAUUCACAUCUCGCCCAAAACUGAAGCGAUCAAAGGGGUUUUGUUGCUGGAUUUGAAGUAUCCACACCACAAUGUCUCGUUCCAAAUUGAAUGCGAUGCGGACGAUUUAAUCACCACGGGGACUGUUAUGAGCGGCUUGGGGGUCGCAGCCUAUGAGACUUUGACCGAAAAUGUGAAAACUUUAACCGCAACUUUGAAAUUCAUUGAUUUGGAAUACGAAGAAGAAAAUAACAAUACGUAUAUUCCAACAAUCUAUAUAGACAAAGUUGAAAUUCGCGACAUGUACAGCAAUAGUUGGCAGUUUUGCCAGAAAGACACGGCUUUGAAGGACACAAUCGGCUUAAACUCCGCCUUCACGAUAACCCUGAGUACAGAUAAUUGUUUUUCGUAGACAAAAAUUCUAGUUGAAAAAAUUGUGAUAGUAUUUUUAUGUUUGUCGUUUUAAUAAAUACUAAAUUCA